AUCUCCGGCGGUACAGUCGGUGAAGAAAGGCUCCGCACGCCGUGAUUCGCUUAUCAGUUUAUCAAAUAAAGACUUCGAUAUUAACUUAAGGCUUACCCACAAUUGCGAUUAUAACGAUUGGCCUCGAGAUCGUGGACUGAACGUCAUUUAUUUUCAAGUAAAUCUUUAUACAAUAAAGCAGUAUUUACUGUUUACCGUUUCCUUGUAAAAUUUCGUAGUAUCCGUUUAUAUUAAGACAAACACAAUUAUAAAGCGAAAUAUUGUUUGGAAAUGUGUACAUUAAUAAGUUUCUUUGGAGUGUGAAAUUCAGAGAUAGUCCUCAAAAUGAACACCGAAAUUAAAAAACAAGAAGAAUACGACCCGUUUGAACACCGGAUAGUUGAAAAACCAAGUUCGGAUCUGAGGGCAACAGCAAAUAUAAUAAAAGCUUCUUUGGGAUCCGGGCUUCUUGCUGGUCCAUUGGCGUUUUCCAACUCUGGAUGGGGAUUGGGACUUGUUGGGACUCUCUUGAUCGGCAUAAUAUGUGGACACUGCGUUCAUAUACUCGUCAAGACAUCUCGAGGUUGCUGUAAGAUAGAACGCAAACCACUUCUUGGGUACGCAGAAACGUGUAAGUCUGCAUUUCAGAAUGGUCCCAAGUGUGUCCGACCCUACGCCACUGCUGCCAGUAUUUUUGCGGAAUUUGCGUUGGUCUGCACUUACGUGGGCGUUUGCUGCAUCUAUACUGUUCUGAUAUCCGACUCCAUAAAACAGCUCGUUGACAGAUAUGUGCCGGGUGUCAACCUCUCCGUGGAAUAUUAUUGCUUGAUUACAUUAGUUCCUUUGUGCUUGCUCAGUCAAGUGAAAUAUCUCAAAUGGUUAGCAAUUUUCUCGUUACUAGCCAACUUAUUCCUAAUUCUUACGUAUUUCAUUUGCUUAUAUUAUAUAUUUGGAAGUGACAUAAACUUAUCUGACAAGAGAGUGGUCGGCGACCCAUCAAGAAUUCCAGCAUUUAUAUCAACAGUCAUCUUCGCAAUGGAGGGCAUCGGGGUAGUGAUGCCUGUCGAAAACGCUAUGAAGAAACCCCAGCACUUCCUCGGUUGUCCGAGCGUGCUCGUCGUAGCGAUGUCAGCUAUCGUCUUCUUUUACAGCACUCUCGGUGUGUUCGGAUACUUACGUUAUGGAUCAGUGUUGCGGGGAUCGAUCACUCUGAACCUUCCCAUAGAUGAUGUGCCAGCGAUAUGUGCUAAAGUGUUUAUAGCGUUAUCAAUUUUCUUCACUUACCCUCUGCAGUUUUACGUGGUAUUUGAUAUAGUUAAGAAAUAUACAGAUGGUUAUAUUAAGGACCAGUAUCGCACUGUAACCGAAUUCUCAGCGAGAACUGCGGGCGUUUGUUUCUGCGUCGGAAUUGGCGUGGCUUUGCCUCUAUUAGAACAAAUUAUAAACAUCGUCGGCGCCUGCUUCUAUUCCAUCCUCGGCCUGAUAAUCCCAGGGGUCGUAGAGACGGUGUUCAGGUGGGAAAACCUGGGAAAGUUUAAAUGGGUGCUUUGGAAAAACAUACUUAUUGUACUGUUCGGCUUGGGCAGUCUCAUAUCUGGCUGUACCGUUACGAUCAUGGACAUUAUAACAAUACUGCAUCAACAGACCGACUGAGACUCUGCUCGAAGAAUCCCGACAUGUUUAUCGUUAAUUCUGUAGUGUAAAUUUGUUAAUUUUAUAUAUUUUCAUAAAUUAUUAAAUUUUUUAUUAAGA